UACAUUUCGCUAGUGUUUUGUCAAUUUGCAUUUCAUUGUUGUGUCGUUGCGUAGAAAUUUUAAUACAAAUAAAUCAUUGCGUAGUUAAAUAUGCAACCAAAUAGAAAUUACGCCACAGCUACCUAUAUACAAUCGCACAUUACUAUGUAUUCGACGCCAGGUACUUGAGCCAGCGGUCAACGUUGUAUCAAGCCGAAACGCAAACGUUAGUUUAAAUUGACCAGUUGUACGAGACAGGUGCGUGUUUUGCCUACCAAAACGUGAAUUAUAAGUGCAAGAACAGCAAUAUAGAGAGACAAUAAAAAUGGAGCAGUGGAACAAUGUGGAGCUGACAAGCAUUACCAAAAAAUCAUACACAUUGAAUCACGACUACGAUGGCGCCCAAAAGCUUACCAAGGUGAAUGAGAGCCCCAAUGCAACGGCAACAAAUGGAAAUGGAAGUGGCAAUGCCAAUGGCAAUGGGAUUAAUCCGCCGGAUAGCAGUCAGGUGCUGCAGCCUGGAUCGGACAUCAAGCCUAAGCUGCAGCUAGAGCAGGUGGAGCCAUUGGUGCGCCGUCUUUACGGUAUAACAGUUAGUGAGUUAAAGGAGUUGAAGGCGUACGAUGAUCGUAACUAUCUAAUACUGGAAGAUUGCAACGUUAAAAAUCCACUAAUCGUUUCACAUUCGCCACAUGGCUAUGUGCUAAAAAUUCUAAAUGCAUUGGAUUCUAAAAAAGAAGAAUUUGUGGAUGCACAAAACCAACUUCUGCUCUACUUGGCGAAGCAAAAUGUGAAAUGUCCACGACCCAUUGCCAAUGCACGUGGUAAUUAUUAUUCUGUGGAGCAGAUCAGCGGUAAUGGUCAUGUGGUGCGUCUGUUGGAAUAUAUACCAGGUCAAAUGUUCCAUGAGGUUCCAACAACCAAAAAUUUACUCUAUCAAAGCGGCGAAUAUUUGGCCACAUUGGAUCGAGCGCUAAAAAAUUUCACACACAAAGCUUACGAUACACAUAAGACCCUCUGGAUGUUGCAAUCGGUUCCACAGCUACGUGAUUUUCUGUACGUACUCAAGGAUCAUCAGCGUAAGGCCUUGUGCGAGGAAGUAAUCGAGACGUUUGAAACGCAGGUGUUGAGCGUGUUGCCAACACUAGAGCUGCAGAUCAUACAUGGCGAUUACAACGAACAAAAUAUCGUGGUCAAUGCUAUCGGGAAAGCUAUGAGCGGCGAUUCACAUCGUGUUACGGGCGUUAUUGACUUUGGCGACACCAGUCGUUCACCCUUGAUUUUUGAACUGGGCAUUGCCAUGGCAUAUAUGAUGUUGCAGGCCAAGGACUUGGCUAGCGGUGGCAUUUUCCUCGCUGGCUACACAGGCGUCCAGUCAAUUAGCACCACCGAGCGCAACUACCUCAAGUAUUGUGUGGCCGCUCGACUCGCCCAGAGUUUGAUCAUGGGCGCUUAUACGCACACCCUUCAUCCAGGCAAUGAUUAUGUCCUGGUUACUCAGGCACAGGGUUGGCUGCUCCUCGAACAACUCUGGCGAGAAAGCCUGGAUACUAUUGAUGAGCUGUGGCAGACAACAGCACAUCAAUAUCUCACACAGAGCACUAAAUAGGUAGACAACGAACCCAUCCGCCCAUUUACUAAAAACUAUGUCAAUUAAUCGCAGAAUG